AUGAGGACAUUAGGUAUUCGAUGGAACAAGCUGAGGAAGCUCAUCAACCUCCAAUGCGGGCCCGGCGCUGCUGUCCUUCCCUCCGAGGUCACUCGUAUACACAUGGACUUUGCCCACGCUCUGCGCAAUGGCCACAUGGGACCUAGGAAGUUCUGGAGGGAAUACCUCCCCCGUCUCAAGUAUCACAACCCUUCGAUCCCCAUGAUUGUCAACCGUCACCGACAGAACGAGACGGCCCCCAAGAUGACCAUCUACCUCCGCGACGGCGAAGCCUCCUCCCCGUCCGACCAGUCCACCGUGGCAGCCCAGCCCGCCUCUUCGGGCUCCGGCCUGUCCAAGGCCCAGCCCCCGGGCCCGGGGGAGCGCGUCGUCGAGAUCGACAUGCAGAACAAACACUCCGCCCAGAUCCUCGAGUACUUCCUCGCCGAGACUCGCGCCGUGCCCCUCAAGCCCACCGAGGCUGAGCUGGCUGAGAUCCAGGACCUCGAGCGCCUCAAGAAGCAGAGCGAGUACGACAGACAGUACCUUGCUGGAGUCAGGGCCGAGAAGAAGAGGGAGGCUGACAUGCUGAGGCGUGCCCGCGAGGCCGGCGGCAUGACCGACUAA